CUGGUAGCCUAGUAGUAGGUUGCCCUCGACGCACACGGGUGGAAGACAAGAGUGGACCAUCUCAAGUCUUUCCUUAUACAGGAAAAAAAAGAGAGAAAAACAACAACUUCAUUGGCACCUUUGGAUGCACGCGACGUCCGUCUGUCUGGAUUAAUACUUUUUCCACCUGCCCGAAAUUUGAGUUCUUUUUCGUUCACUUUCAAACCAAACCGAGCAUAAUGGGAUCCCAGGCAUCAAAGGGAGGAGUGGCUGUGGAGGGGAAAGCCGCCGUUGCUGACCCGGCUGCCGUCAAGACAAAUGGACAGGAGAACGGCCACGUUAAGACCAACGGUGACGUCUCUGCCAAGGCAGAUGGGGACGCAGCCGCCACCAACGGAUCCGCAGAGGCGGCCAAAGAAUCUGAGGCUGGGGCUGGCGACGCCAUCGAGCCCGCUCCAGCAACCGAGGGCGAGGCCGCCAAACCAGAGGGCGAGGCCACCAAGGAGACCCCCAAGAAGAAGAAGAAGAAGUUCUCCCUGAAGAACUCCUUCAAAUUCAAGGGCAUCUCGCUGAAGAAGAACAAGAAGAGCACUGAGGUGAAAGAAGAAGAAGAAGCCGCCGCCGCUGCCGCCACCCCGGCCGCCGAAGAGAAGCCCGAGGAGAACGGGGCGGCCACCGAGGAGAAGGAGGAGGAGCAGCCCAAGGCCGAGGAGACACCCGCCCCCGCCGAGACCCCCAAGGCCGAGGAACCUGCAGCCAAACCGGAGGAGCCUGCUGCUGCUGCUGCUGCUGCUCCUCCUAAAGAGGAGGCUGCCGAACCUGCCGCAGAGCCCACAAAACCAACAGAGGAGACCAACUCCACACCUGCACCAUCUGAACAGAAGGAGUGAUUGUACUUCACAAAGGACUUUGUGAACUGUUUUUCCAAGAAAAAAAAUAUAUAUUUAUAUAUAUGUGUAUAUGUAUACAUAUGUAUAUAUACAUGGAUAUAUGUAUAUGUAUAUAUACACAUGUAUGUGAAAAAAAAGACUCCUCGUGCCACUUUCUUCAAGAUUAAUAAAAAACGACAGACUAGAUUCACUAGUUCACUUCCCUGAUAAUGGCUCAAAGAUCUGGAAUGCCAAGCGCAGGCCUACACCUCUUGGAAACGGGAUGUCAACGCAAGAGCGGGUUGAGAGUUUGAGGAUGGAUAAAUGUGAAGCAUCUUUCAAAGCCACUGUCGAAUUGAUGCGAUUAUACCGAUGAAUUGUGCAAGAUAAACAUCACCACAUAUAAUGACUGUUAAAAAAAAGGAAAUCGAAAAAGACUUGCCAACUUUCUACAUUCCUAUAUUUUAACCCAAAUUUAAGUAUUUUGUGGUGUAUAGAGAACCAUUUUAAAUAUCCAGAAGGCUUUGUCUCGUUUGUUUGAAAACGCAUUUUAAUUUUCAUCUUGGCUUUAAGAGAAAAAAACAAAAUAAAAACACAUUUGAGCUUGCUAUGUUCACAUUUGAAGUUUUAAAAGAAGCAGAGUUGUUAUGUGUUAAAUGUGAGCCUUGAUCUGCUUUUUGGUCUCUGUAAAUACAUUUGACCAAUUUUGUUCUUUAUUUUGCUAAUGUUUAAAGAUGUUACUGGUUUUAUUGUAAAGUUGAUAAUGGUAAAUAAAUGUUGGUUACCUACA